UAGGAGACGGGUGAGAUGUGCAGUAGAAGAGAUUGGUACUUACUGGGGGAAGAGACCACCAAGUCCAAGAAGAAACAACUAGUGGUCACAAUUCGUUAGCUAUCUUUCUCUCUCUCCUCCAUCGCUUGCACAUGAGUUAUGUUUAUGAUCAUGAAAACCAAUAAACCCUAAUAAACCAGGGCAUCAUCAUAUUAAUUCAAUUCACCAUCACAAUUUGUAUAGCUAUAGCCUAUAUAAUAGAGAGUUAGAGAGAGAUCUGAGAGAGACAUAGGUAUAUAUAUGUCGCUUAGGAUAAAGGCAGUGGUGGACAAGUUCGUGGAGGAGCUGAAGGAAGCACUGGAUGCAGAUAUACAGGACAGGAUGACGAAGGAGAGAGAAAUGCAGAGCUACAUCCACGAGCGCGAACGCGAGGUCGCUGAGCGUGAAGCCGCCUGGAAGGCUGAACUCUCUCGUCGCGUAGCAGAGAUUGCCCGGCAAGAAGCAAGGCUGAAAAUGGAGCGAGAGGAACUUGAGAAAGAAAAAAGUGUGCUAACAGGAACCGCAUCAAAUCAAGAUAACCAAGAUGGAGCUCUCGAAAUCACCGUAGGUGGAGAAAAGUACAGAUGCCUCAGGUUUGCUAAGGCUAAAAAAUGAGGCUCUACGAGGAGGUGUUCGAAAGAAGGGAACUAAAUGAUUCUCGGUGCUGGUUUUUGUGAACCAAUAAGAGCCACUUGAUUGAUUAUAAAGGGUUGUUUUUAUUCAUGUCAAAUGCAUUCGUUUUGUACAUGUAGGCAUAAAUCGUAUUAAAAUAGUAACUGGGUUUAUAAUCCACUUUAGAGAAGAAUGAAAGAAAGAUCCUCGAUUAAUGAAAGCAAGAUGGUAUUGCAAUUGUUA